UCAUAAGGGGUCUACUUAGCAAAUGAAUUCAGUGUAUAUGUCGAGGGAAAACAGACCGUCAAACUGCAUGCACCUACCUACUGCUGGUACCACGUGGGACACGAGGAAUUAAAGCGAACCCAGCGAAAAUGCUUCUGCUGCCGGCGAUUCUCAUACUUGCCGGUUGGUGCUGUUUUACCAAACAUCUUGGCCCUGACGAGAUUGUGACAAUAAAACAGAAUAAGGUCAUUUCUCGUGAAUCGGUGACAACAACACAACAACCGGUGCGAAUUGCACCGACUGACAGAUUAUCAACCGAUGGGAAUCCGCUUCCGACCCUAGCCAACGGUCACCUCGGCUUCACGGUGUUCGGCGAUGCGAUCUACAUGAACGAGCUGUACAGUGGCCGUCGAGGGUUGAGCCACCGCGCCAGGAUAGCGAAUGUGGCCAACGUUCGUCUGCUCCUAGCGGACGCGGACGAUGCAACUAAGCGCGAUGGGAACGGACUGACGGCGACCAUGCGAAUGGAUUUCAAGUCGGGCACGUUUUGCGUCGAUUAUCGAGGACCCAACAAUAGCUACAGGGCAGAGCAGCUGAUCUAUGCCCAUCAAUUCUACAAUCGUGCCAUCGUCAAUCAAUUUACGAUCGAAAGACUGACUGCAGAAGCCGACAUUCGUAUCGCCUUGCUUCAGCCAUUCCCAUCGCCGGCCAGCGAAGACAUCAUCUUCAACUUUACCGAAACCGUCUUCAUUGACCGCGAUGCGGAACGAGAACGACGACAUCGACGACGACGACGGUUCCGUCAGCAAUCAGCAGCAGAACGCCCGCCGAUAUCGCCAGGAAACCGCCAGGAUGAAUAUUCAACAACAAGAACUGUCCGCCGUCGUCGCCGCCGCCAGUCGUCGUCGGUGUUGUACAAGGUGCACCGAACCUGCGGCAGCACGGCGGAGCUGGAAGAUCCAGCGGGCCAUCCGAACCAACCGCGACGCGUCUGUGUCUUAUGGAAUCAUGUUCCAGAAGAGCUCACACUGAAACGGUCCGAGCGCACGGUGUCGUACAAAUUUAUAAUGACGGCUGACGAAAGUGCCCGUUUUGCCGAGGAUGAACUGAGGGAAGUACUCAACCUAAAUCCCGCAAAACUGCUGCUGCAGCACAGCAAGGUCUGGCAAAAUUUCUGGCGAGAUUUUGAUAUACACCUGAAAGGCAACCAUAAUUUAGAGCAGGUGAUUCGCUCAAGCAUUUACUACCUGAUGAGCAAUUUCCCGUUAAGUGAACCUAAUCGUCCAUCAUCACGGCGGCAGCGGCGGCAGUCGAAGGCCUAUCAAUUCGGCGGACUGAGUCCUACAGGGCUCGGUCGAGGUGGCGCGAACCUAGACGACUACGAAGGCCAUUCAUUCUGGGAUACGGAGAUCUGGAUGUUCCCGGUGGUCAAUUUAAUCGAGACUAAAUUUACACGGAUGUUGAUUGAUUACAGGUAUAGACGGAUGCUGGCUGCCGAGCAAAACGCAAAGGAAAGCGGCUACCGGGGCGUGAGAUAUCCCUGGGAAAGCGCCUCAUCAGGUAUUGAAGUCACUCAACCUUGCUGUCCGGAAGUGGCAGAAUUUCAGCAUCACAUCACGGCAGACAUCAGCUUUGCUUUGCGCCAGUUCUUUGCUGCCACGCAGGAUUUCGAUUGGUUGCAAACGCAAGGAUGUGCAAUGGCGCGAAAAAUCGCCGACUUUUGGGAAAGUCGAGUUUCAGAAGAUCCCGUUACUGGGCUUUACGACAUUGUAGCUGUGAUGGGACCGGACGAGGAUCAUGUAAACGUAACCAAUAACGCGUAUACCAAUGUGGUAGCAGCGUAUGCGCUUUACUUUGGCGAUUUGACGGAAUGCCUGUGUUCGAAUGACGACCGUCACCAUGAUGGAGACCAUCACGACCUGGACGAUGAUAAUGGAAUGGCGCCCACCGACGAUGUCAACGGCAGGAACCGAAGCGCGCUGGCGAGGAAAAUAAAACUGUUAUAUGACACUAAAAGUGACUACAAUCCUCAGUUUGAAGGGUACCGCUUGGGGACACCAAUAAAGCAAGCUGACACUGUGCUGUUAGGGUAUCCUUUACAAUAUCGAGGAUUAACCACCAGUACCAAAAGUAACAAUUUGCGUUUCUAUGAACCUGUAACAAGGCGAACUGGUCCGGCCAUGACUUGGGCAAUGCAUGCGAUUAAUCACCUUGAUUUGAACAACAUGGAAAAGGCUGUGGAAAAUUUUAAAAGAAGUUUUCAGAAUUAUGUGCGAGGUCCCCACCGAGUUUGGAACGAAGUCGAAGUCGGACAACGCGGAGCUACCAACUUUCUCACAGGUGCCGGUGGAUUUUUGCAAGCGGUGAUCUACGGAUUCGGAGGUCUACGUCUACAUCUUGAUCGGCUGCAAAUAUGGAACCCAAGGCUGCCUCCUAAUAUGACCGAAUUUGAAAUAAAAGGAUUCAAAUAUCUGCACGCUAGUUUUACUUUGAAGGUAACGAAACAUAUCGCAACGCUGGAAGCUACCCGCAUUAGUAGAAAACUUACUAUACAAGGAUGGAAUAAAGACGAGCAAUUUUUAGUGCAGAAACAAAUCUAUAACAUUACUAAUACUACCAUUAUUAUUAAAUCAUUUGAAAAUGUUUACAAAACUUGUUCUUUGCCAGAAGAUCUUCUUACCCCAAUAGAGUCAACUCAAACUCGUACAUAA